AUGCUUUCUGAGCUGUCCGAUUGUUCUGCCAGGAGUGACAAUCAGGAGAUCUUAAACGAGGAAGUGAAAAAAGAGGGGAGGGAUGACGCAUCCGAAAAAUACGGGGAGAGCUUUGAAAGUUUGUCAUCCAAGGCGUCCACCCUCACGUCUACUACUUCGAAGAGCGGAAGCGAGAAAAGUAGUGGCAGGCGCAAGGGUGGAAGUCUCCGUGGCGACAGCACCAACAGAGAGGAAGGAAAUGCCAAAGGUGAAGCCGCGCCUGUCAGUCAGGACAGGAAGACAAGCGACGAGCACGUAGUGAACUCCAGGGGCAGCCGAGUGAACAACAAAAAGAAGGUUACGGGCAGCAAUGGGAAUGCACGUAAAACUUCAAAAAGGAAAAAGAGCCGCGGCAAAGAAGUUUUAAAAUCGAUCUCGACUCUAUCAACCAUAUACGGGGACGACACCACCCCCAGGAGCACCACGGGAGGGAUGGAAAGCAUGAUCCACCGCCUGAAAAAGAGAAAUUAUGCGCCCCAAGGGGGAGAGUCCCAAGUAACACCGGGAAAUUCACAUGCGUCCCCCCAAAAAACUCAAAAGGAAACAAACGGGGGUGAUUCCGGUGAUGAACCAAUUACUGUGAACACAACGGAGGAACUCUCUAACCUUUUGGCAAAAAAUGACGAACUUCGCAUGAGGCUGUUUGAAAAUGGGCGUGCAGGGAAAUAUUCCAACGGGCAUCAAAGGAAUAAAAAAGUUGAAAACAAAAGGUCCACGCAUGAGUACCGGCGGCUCCAAAAAUCAACCAUAUCGGUUGAAACUUCAAUGCGCCGUGAGCAGAAUCGCCAAGAGUUGCGCGGGGAGCGGGAAAAAUUGAUCUCGUUGCGCAACGAGCUUCGCAGGAAGCUUGCCGCAAACAAGCAACUAAACGUCUAUUAUUCUCUUAUUGAGGAUUGCAAGGCCGAUAUAGCAAAGCUCUUGCAAGAAAAGCGAGCACUAUCUUUGGUGAUUCGCCAGAAUGAGAAGGUUCUUAUUAACAGCGAGGCGCAGCAUGCCUCCGAUUUGGCGUGCAGACGACUUAGAGAAGAGAUAAAGGCCGAAUCCGUGCUGACGCAGCGUUCCCUUGAAAGGGCUCGGCGUGAUGCAUUCGAGGCGGUGAAGAUGUAUGGAGAUGCUGCGUUUCGUGCGAAAAAGUUGGAGGAACAGUUGGAGCGGGCGAAUAACAAGGAGAAGACACAAGAAGUGUGCAAUGACCCUGAUGUGCGUAAACUAGUUGAAGAGAACCAAAGGAAGGCACAGCACAUUCAGCAACUGCGGGGGCAGCUGCGCCGCAUGAGGUCAAAGUCGCCCACUAACGCAACUCACGGCUCUAGUGAAGCCAGUAAGAGGGAAGCAAAAAAUGAGAGAGCAGGCCUUUUGAAGCGCAUCAGUCGGUUGCGAAAGCGGGUGGAGGAAUUAACAGCUAAGAUCAAUGAGCAAAAAGCACAUGGGGAAGCUGAAGUGAGUGCUGACUCUGCUUUAAAUGCCGUCGGCCAUGCAGACGACCCUCAAAAGCCUUCAAUGCAGAAGCAUCACUUCGCCAGCGCAAAUGAGUCACUGACUGUUCAGGAAAAGGAAGCGCGGGGGGAGUCGACUUUGAUCGAAGAACCUUCGAGAACUUCAGAAGGUACCGGGCUGCUGAGUACCAAUACAUCGUGCGAACACACGCAAAGUUCUGUUGAUAAAGCCUUAGAGGAACUUAAGCGUCGUGUAGGAGAGACGCGACUGAGCGUUGAAACACCGGCAACGGAGCAACGCAGUUCUGUAACAUCCACGCCUGGUGCAGCGGGACCGGCGCCCGAUCACACAUCUGUCUCUGAGGAUUUGCAUGCUUUAAGUGACAAACUCACGCAGCCCAGCCUGGCCGAUGUCAAGAAUGAUACGGCAUCGACAGUAAAGGAUGAAGGCGAAUUAGAAUCAGGGACGUCGGGGGAGAAAGAAGUGGAGAAAUCAGAAAAGAAGGAUGAAAAGUCCACAGUCCCGUCGUGGUUUGAUAACGACGACGCCAGUAAUGGGGAUGAGCCACACACGGGAACCGGGAAUUCCGCCAAUGAAGUUGGCCUUCCAGUUUCUGGGCAUAAUGAUGUCAAGGACGCUGGCGUUCAUAAAAAUUCUUUGGCGGAAGCACCCGCCAGUACCGGCAAAACCGCCAGCCUGCAGGCAGAAGAGGAGGAGGAAGAGGACGAUGUAUAUGCAGAGAUUGAUGAGACUAAAUUGACAGGUAAAAGCGAGUCGGAUGCAAAAUUAGAAUCUGAUGUGGUCCCUCCAUCGUCGAAAAAUGAACCUUCGUGGCUUGACUUUGACUAA